AUGGUCCAGAGAGUGACACUGCCGACCCGCAAGUCGUACAACACCCGUUCCAACCGACGGAGGAUCGUCAAGACGCCAGGCGGCAAGCUCAGAUAUCUCGCUGUCAAGAAGAAGGCAAGCUCGCCCAAAUGCGGUGAUUGCGGUACCAAGCUGUCAGGCAUCCCAGCGCUGCGUCCACAUGGCUACGCGCGAGUGAGCAAGCGAAUCAAAACUGUCCAGCGUGCCUAUGGCGGCUCGAGAUGCGCAGGAUGCGUUCGCGACAGGUUUGUGUCGAUGCUUUGCCGUUGGCAUACUGCCACUGACUCCAGCAUCGCCAAACAGGAUCGUUCGCGCCUUCCUGGUAGAGGAGCAAAAGAUUGUCAAAAAGGUCAUCAAGGCGGCCGCUGCUGGCAAGUAGACGUUUGCCCGUCUUUUGUGCGAUUAGCUUUGUCUCCGCAUGCAUCUCAUGUGACUUCGAGAUGCUAG